AUUACCGCAUCUACUGGUAAGGCUGCACUUGAAUUAAAAUCAUCUGGUAAAACUGGCCGUACGAUUCAUUUGAUAUUUAAGUUUGAUGAAUGUUCGAUGGUUAAUGAUGAUCUUCUUGAUUCUAUCGUCCAUCUAUUUACAAGAAAUGAAAUAACCAAACUGGGUAAAGUGCAUUUCAUAAUCACCGGUGACUUUUUUCAACUUCCACCAGCAUCGGGUG